AUGACCUCCCAAACCUUCCUUAUCGUUGGUGCUACCGGCACUCAAGGCAGCUCUGUCGUCAAAGCUCUUCUCGCAGAUCCGUCUCUUCCCUCCGAUGCUCACAUUCUCGCACUCACCCGCAAUGCCUCCUCCGCAAAAGCAAAGUCCCUUGCAGCUCUAGACUCUCGUGUCGAGCCUCUUUCCGGUGACCCAACAGCUCCUGAAGAAAUCUUCAAAGAAUCCCCAUACCCCAUCGAUGCCGUAUUUUGCGUCACAGUUCACGGCCCUGCAGGUGCAGAGGAGGCUCAAGCCGAUGGUCUCAUCAAAGCCAGUCUCGAGAACAACGUUAAGCACUUCGUCUUCACAUCUGCCGAUCGAGGAGGAGAGAAGGUCUCAGAUACAAAUGCCACGCCAGUUCCACAUAUAGCCACCAAACACCGAAUUGAACUUCACCUCCGUGGCAUGGCCGAGGGCACGGACAUGAAGUGGACCAUCCUCCGACCAGUCACCUUCAUGGAUAACCUCACUCCGGAUUUUGCGGGCAAGGGCUUCACUGCCAUGUGGAACCAAGUCGGCCAGAAACCAGUCCAACUCGUUGCUGCAAGCGAUAUUGGCUACUUUGCUGCUACGGCACUUCUCAACCGGGACAAAUACGCUGGCAAGAAGAUUGGCAUCGCAGGUGACGAGCUGAAUUACGAGCAGGCUUGUACGAUAUUCAAGGAGAAGAUGGGCGUUGAGAUGCCAACUACUUUCUGUGCUGUAGGCACAUUGGUGAAGUUUGCGAUGAAGGAUCUUGGUGCCAUGUUCAAGUGGUUUGAGACGGACGGAUACGCGGUUGAUAUUGCGGCUGCUAGGAAGGAGUAUCCUGAAUUGCAAGAUUUUGGUACUUGGUUGGAGAAGAGCAGUCCCUUCAAAAAAGCUUAG